AUGGACGCCAAUUUACAAAAGGCGCUCCUAGACCGAGUCUACGACAAGCGCAAGGCGGCGACCCUCGACCUAGAGAAGCAGGUUCGCGAAGCCCUAGGAAAAGGGGAUCGAGCUAGAGUCAAUCUCAUCAUCCAGCAGUUGUGUACACUGCUCAGCUCCCCUCCACAGAACAUCAAUGCGCGCAAUGGUGGGCUCAUAGGACUCGCUGGGAUAUCCAUUGCGCUAGGCGUGGAUAUUGCGCCCUAUUUGGAGAGUAUCGUGCCGCCCGUCUUGGCUUGCUUUACCGAUGCAGAUUCAAAGAUUCGCUACUUUGCCUGUGAAUCCUUCUACAACAUCGCCAAAGUAUGCAAAGGCGAGAUCCUCAUCUACUUCAAUCAAAUAUUCGACGCCCUCUCCAAGCUAGCAGCAGACAGCGAAGUCUCCGUAAAGAACGGAGCAGAACUCCUCGACCGUCUCCUCAAGGACAUCGUAUGUGAGGCCGCACCAGACCAUGUCUCCCAUUUCCAGGACAUCCCUCACAUCCGCUCACGGCAGGACGCUCUUGCCGGGUACGUGGGCGGAGUGGCCGAGAUGGACGUGGCACGCGAAAAGGCCAGCAUGGGCGCUGGUGCUGGAGCACGACUGCCCGGCCAAGUAGGGCAGAGGGACGACGAGCAGGCCAGCGCGGCCAACAAGACGUUUAGUCUUGCACGCUUCGUCCCCCUUCUCGCUGAGCGCAUGUACGUGCUUAGCCCCUUUACGCGCAACUACCUCGUUGGGUGGAUCACCGUCCUCGACUCGGUACCCGAUUUGGAGCUGGUCAGCUACCUGCCCCACUUUCUUGAUGGGCUACUCAAGUACCUCUCUGAUCCUAAUACUGAUGUGAGGCUCGCGACGGCUAAUGUCCUUGUGGAGUUUCUAAGGGAGAUUAAGGAGGCGGCUCAGCUUGGUGCAGGGCAAGGGGCGAGUUCCGACAAGAAGAAGAACAACAACCAGAGGAGGAGCAGUGCGACCAGCGGUGCUGGUACUACACGGGGUGGGGAUAACCAGAACGAAGACAGCCCUCCACGCCCAGACGGGGCAGACGACGAUGCUCUUGACAGCACGCAGGAUACCUCCUCCAACAAGGGCGGCGAGGACGCGUGGAUCCCCGGCCGACGCAUCCGAAUCGACUUUGCCUCGAUCAUGGAGAUCCUGAUAAACCAUAUCGCCUAUCCGGACGAGGAGAUUCAGGCUACCACUUUGCAAUGGAUCGCCGAGCUACUCGUUGUGGUCAAGGAUGUCGUCGUCCCUUUCACGCCGAGAUUGAUCCCGGCUAUCCUACCCAGCCUGGCGCAUCAUUCCCCCGCGAUCCAGAUGGCGGCGAGCGAGACGAACGUGAAUCUCUUUGCGGUCAUUCAGGGAUUGCCGGCGCCGGUUGUGGUAGCAGGGACGCAAGGGGAGGGGAGGAGCGACUCGCCGGGGGAUAGCGUGACGAGCAUGGCCACCAAGGGCAAGAAGACUACACCAGCGCCAGGAGCAGGCGUCACCAUCACUUCACCGCCCUUGUCGCCACGUCUCAGCUCAACGACCCUACAAGACGAUCGUCCCUUCCCUCACUCCCUCCCUACGUCGCAGGACAGUGCUCUCACCUCCCUCCACGCUGGUCAAGCACAAUCAGACCCCUUCGACUACCCAAGCACAGUCUCCCAACUGACCCUCCAGCUACUAGACCAGCACGCCGAAACACGCAUAGAAGCCCUCGAGUGGCUCCUUAUGCUACACUCAAAGGCGCCCGCCCGCAUCCUUACCAUGCACGACGGGACCUUCCCUGCCCUACUGAAGACCCUCUCCGACCCCAGCGAGGAGGUCAUUCGGUGUGACCUCAGGUUGCUCGCUCAGAUCUCCAAUAGUACGAGUGCGGCUGGAGGAGGAGGGGGAGGGGCAGGGGCGAGGGGUCAGCAGGACGAGUAUUUCAGCAGCUUUAUGGCCAACCUGCUUCAGUUGUUCAGUACGGAUCGUAGGUUGUUGGAGACGCGGGGGAGCUUGAUCAUAAGACAGCUCUGCGCAAGUUUGCAGACGGAACGUAUCUUUCGCACCCUGGCCGAGCUAUUGGAACGUGAUGAGGACCUGGAAUUCGCGAGCAUCAUGGUCCAGAACCUCAACAUCAUCCUUAUCUCCUCCCCGGAAUUGCACGAUUUUCGACGAAGGUUACGACAGCACGAUUCACCGUCUCAUCGAGGCUCCUCGUCCUCAUCAGGUGGAGACGGUGCACAGCUCUUCUGCACCCUCUACCGUUCUUGGUGCCACAACGCCGUUGCGGCCCUCUCGCUUUGCCUGCUCAGUCAGGCGUACGAGCACGCCAGUAACCUGCUGAGCGUAUUCGGCGAGUUGGAGGUGACGGUCCCCAUGCUUAUCCAGAUUGAUAAGCUGGUCCAACUCUUGGAGAGCCCCAUCUUUACCAGCUUGAGACUACACCUCCUCGAGGCGGACAAGAAUACUUUCCUCCUCAAGGCACUUUACGGUUUGCUCAUGCUCUUGCCCCAGAGUAGCGCUUUUGCCACACUGCGCAAUCGAUUGAGCGCGGCGAGCAGUAUGGGGCCCGGGGUACGAUCGAGCAACACACACGUGGGAGGAGGUGGUGGUGCGAUGCAGGGCCAGCAGGGGGGGCAACAACAACAGCAGCAGCAACAGCAGCAGCAGCAGGCGAGCCGGGCAGGAGGGAAAGGGGCAGGACGCGACGAGAUCAAGUGGGGGGAGCUACUCGCCUGGUUCAGGCAGACACAGAUGCGUCAUGAGCGCGUCCGAAGGGCUAAUACGGCCGCUGCGGCCCUCGGGUCAGCGGGGCUGGGGCAUGCUGGUGCGGGCCUGAAUGUGGGGAUGCCACCAGGCGGAGGAGGCAGCGCAGGCGGAGGGGGAGGGGACGGUUUGGUGCCAGGCAUGACGGGGGGGUCGCGCGUUGCAUCAACUACGAUGAUUGGCGGGCAUGCGAGCGGGAGUGGGAGCGCUAGCGCAGGACCGAUGUCGCCUGGCUUGCCCGGCUCGAGGAUCUCAUCCAUGGGUGCCGCGAAUACGGGAAGACGGCGAGGAGGUACGGGGACAGGCACUACCAACAAUUCUUCGCUCGGUUUCGCCUCUCCUCGCGGCGGAGGAUCAGGGGUAACAGCCCAGCCUACUUCGUCUGGGCCGACGUACAGCGCCUUUGGAAUUCCAGCGACGACGACAACGACGACAACCUCUUCGCCAUCCCAAGUCGCGGGCGCGAACGCGGCUAUCAAUCGGGCCGUCUCGCCCAGCAAUGCUUCGAGCAGAGGAGGGGGAGCGCAGGGUGGUGGUGGUGGGGCCUUGUCACGCUUGAGCGGUGGGGGCGGAGGCGGUGGCGGUGGCGGUGCGUCGAAGCGGUGA